AUGCAGAGAGACACGGAGCGAGCAGCCCAGCUGAGCCCCUCUUCCGAAGAUGAAGCCUUAGUUUUGAGGCAGAAGUCUUCACUGAUGCAAGGCCGAGAGGAGGACGGUGUCACUCUGAAGCAGUGGAAAGCAAGGCAGCUGCAGCGCCUGGCUGAGGAGUUGAAGGCUGAGUGGCAGGAGGCCCGGCUGCAGCAGGUCAAACAAGCAGAACGCCUCUACUUAGCCCAGCUGUUGGACAAGGCAGCCGAACGGGCCGUGGGGAACGACCCCAGCGUGGAUGAACAGAACCAGAGAGGAACAGCAAAACACACGAGGGCUAGAGAGAGAAACCGAGCGGCCUUCAGAGAGGAGAAGGGCCGCAGGGAGGAGCACCCCAGACAGCACCCCAAGUCCCGGAAAAAGGCACCAUGCUCAGAGAGACGUAGUUCUGCCAAAGCCCGGGGCCCAGCCUCCGGUGAAAAGGGUAAAGGGAGACGGGUGUCUUCAAGUAAGAGCCAUGGUGGCUACCAGGGCCCUCGGGUGACCAGAAGGGUAGACGUGGUGAAGCUUAACCCAUUCUUUGAUAGUACACAUGAGUGCAUGGAGGAAGUCCAGAAGGAAUUCCUCCGGGAGGGGAGGCGGCCCUUGGCAAAGGGGGCUCGACCUGUUCUCAACCUCAGGGACCAGAGUCUGCAGGGCAAAACAACAGCCCCAGAGCAGCCAUCGCCCCUCAGCCUAACCUUCAAACAAGGGGCUGCAGCCCAGGGACCCCCAAACAAGUACAGCAACAAGAAUCAGUGGCACAAAGAGAUCGAAUCUACCUUCGAAGAGUUGUUUAACACCAACAGGAAGCUGAAGAGACAUCUGAAUUUGCACCUCGAGCAGAGGCUCAAGGCAGACCAGAAUCCAGAAGAGCAGCAGGGCUACUCAGAGAAUCGGAGUGAGAACUUUAGCACCCUGAGAGAGGAGAGUACGGAAGAGCUAGAAACCGCCGAGGAGUCUGGGAGCCCAACGGAGGUGGAGACCCCUGAGAUAUGGUCCAAAGCCAAUCUGAAACAGAUGCUGAGUGACAAUGAGUACCCCAGGUACCAACAGAUGGCAAAGUACCCAUUAAAGAGUGAAAGCCUAGUGCCUGUCAAGGCAGGAACAUCUAGAGAACAGGAUGACUUGUUCUCACUAAGCCCAGAGUCAGGACAGGAGUCACCCAAGUCACCUGUGGUGGAGGAUGAAAGUCUCAAGCCUUACCUGCAGAAACAGGCAGACUCUGUAGCAAGCUGGAUGGCUUUGAGACAAAAGCAGAAGGCAGAGUUGGAGCAGAGAAGGCAGAAGACACUUUUGGAGCUGACGGAACACCCCAACAUGAGCUUGGAGAUCCAUUACAAGGCCGAGCUGGAGGAAGAACGCAGGGAGCGCAGACGGAUGCGCUUGGCUCUCCUCAAAUCUUAUUCCACUGGGAUCCAGGCCCCAGCCCCGGCCCCGGUCUCAGUCCCGGCCCCAGCCCCUGACGGAAGCAUUACCCUGGACAACGGCCUUCUGGAUGAGGACAAACAGAACCAGAUGAUUCGUGACCUUCAGCAGCAGAUCCUAGAGCAAAACAGGUUACACCAGGAGUUUUUGGAAAAAGCCAGGAAACGCUUGCAAGAGUUUCAAAAAUCAUUUUAAAAGCAGACCCUCCCACGAUAAAUACAUCCCUGAUGGCUGCUUUGCCUGCACCAUG